UAUAACCUCUCUUAAUUUACGUGAUUGCUGUGUUUUCAAAAUAAGGUUAAAAUUAAUUUAAUUACAACAAAAUGCAGAAUUCAAACGAGGGUCAUCUCCAAAUUAGACUAAUUACAAAGCAACAAAUAUAUGCAGUACCUGAUGUUCCGCUCUCCGUUCCUCAAACCAUAGACGGGAACUCUUUGAACGAUUUAGUGAAUCAGUUGUUAAAAGAAAGCAAUUCCGAUCAUUUGAAGCCGAAGAAUUUCGAUUUUUUGGCCAUCGGAGAGCUGCUGAGAGUUCCGCUUAUCGAGCAUUUAGCAGAACGUAAUAUAUCUACGGAAACUACUGUAGAGAUAGAAUAUGUGGAAAAAACUCCGGCGCCGGAGCCCAAGGACUCUUUACUACACGAUGAUUGGGUUUGUGGUAUAGAAGCAACAGAAAAGUGGAUUCUAACAGGAUGUUACGACAAUUCAGUGAAUAUUUGGUCAACACACGGAAAAAUGGUGGCAUCACUGAAAGAACAUAAAAACAUCGUUAAGGCAGUAUCUUGGAUAGAUAAAUCUGAUCCUAACAGAGGAUUCAUCAGCGUUUCACACGAUUUAAUCGGUAUUAUUUGGUCAUACGAAGACGGCACGGAUAGCGCAGCCCCGAAAGCUCUACUCAGGGGCCACGAAAGGGGCAUAGAUAGCUUAGGAGUGAGCCCUAAUACAGCGAGAUUGGCUACCGGAGGUUGGGAUACCAAUUUGAAGCUAUGGUCGACUUCUUUAGACGACGAUGGGAGCGAACACGUUCACAAAAAAAUCCGUUCGACCAAUAACAUCGUUACGAAAACCCCUCUGCACACCCUGAAGGGCCACAAGGAGGCCAUCACCGGGAUUAAUUGGAUAGACAAUUAUGCCGUUUCGACGGUUUCGAUGGACCACACUAUUAAAUUCUGGGACGCCGAGCUUUGCGGCAUAAAAAACGAAAUCGUCGGACAAAAGGCGUAUCUAAGUUCAUCGUGGUCAUCGAUUAAUAACACUCUUUUGGCUUCGUCGGCUGACAGGCACAUACGAUUGUACGAUCCGAGAUCUUCCGAGGGAUCUUUGUGUAAAGUCACGUUUACAUCGCAUUCGUUGUGGGUGAGUUCCGUGGCUUGGUCGAAUUACGAUACGAAUCUUUUCAUAUCGGGCGGUUACGAUUCGUCCGUGAAAAUGUGGGAUGUUAGAAGCUCCAAAGCUCCUUUGUACAACUUACAAGGGCACGAAGGUCAGGUAUUAAAAGUGGAUUGGUCGAAUAAAAAGUAUAUGGUUUCCGGCGGAAGUGACAAUAGUGUACAUAUUUUCAAAAAUAAACACGUUUAAUAAAGAAAAAAAUCGAAUACAAUA